UCCUUUUUGUGAUCAAAAACAACAUAUUUUAUCUAUUAUUUAACCAAAAUAUUAUAGUAUCAAUUGUUACAGACUACUUGGAUACUGGGAUUCAUCUAUAUUUUAUGAAACACAUCACAUCACAAAUGAGACAUUUAAGCCAAUUGAUACUGAUCCUUAAUACAGUCGGUGUGUUGUCAACAAUUCGCUGUCCCACUAAUGAAACAGAAUGGAAUACCAGGUCCAAAAAUAAAACAUGUAAAACCUCUGGUGUUUACCACUGUUUACUUGUAGAGGUCAGGAAAACCAGGAAAGAGAAGUGUAUUGAGAGAACAACAAAAUUGAAUGAAUAUUGCCCAAUCUUCACACACGAUUUUCAUCUUCACUGGAAGAUAUGCAAUACAACGAACUGUCCGAAAAACCCUUUCAAAAGUGAUGAGGUGUACAAAUAUCCUGUUUGUUUUGGUAAUAUUGAAAAUGAAAAAGAAACAGAAAAUGAAAAGGCAAGAAGCAAGAACAAAGUUUUUCCAUUUGUAAUUAGCAUACCGUUAGGAAUUGUUAUACUGGUGGCGGUAAUCGUGGUCAUUGCAUGUAAAAUAUAUAAAGGGAGACAAAGAACACAGGAUGGUACCUCUGGAAACGAAGCUGGUGUUUCUGAAUUAGAAAAUCUGAUCAAAAACAAUGCAUCUCCUGAAGACGAGCAUAUCCGAGUUGGUAUUCAUUUACUGAAUGACGGAAAUAUCCUUUACGUAGUUGGAAAACUUGGAAAUUCUGUCUCUACUUCUGGAAAAAAAAUAGCAGAUGCAUUCGCUGAAAGUAAUAACAUGAUUAGCGAAUACUAUAACUACUUAGACAUUACUAAGGAUUUUUUUGAGCCUCCAACAAAAAAACACAGUUUAUUUCAUUGA